CUUCUACUUCUCUCUUCUUCUUUUUUUUACCUCUUUUUUUUAUCUUUGUAGAUUUCAUGACACAAUCUCAAUUACCUUUACUUUUUGUCUUUGUUUCUGUUUUUUUUUCCCUUAAUUAUCACAACUGGUACUCCAAAUUUUCUAAUUUGAAGCGAUUUUUCUCUUCAAAUUUGGAUUUUUUUUUCCUGUGUGUUGACAUGUUCUAUGUUGUUUAAAUCUUGUGUCGUGUGUGAUUAGGUUUCAAGUAUUUGCGAUAAAGAUCGCGUAGAUCUACACAUCUAGUUUUGGGGCGAUUUGAUUUGGGUUUCUGUAACUGUUAUUUCAUGCAGCAUAAGAAUUAAGGUUUGGAUUUAAAGUUGUUGUUUAGGCUAAUUUUUUGCAUAAUUAUCUGCAAUAGGGCAUUAAAUUUGUCCUUGGUUUGAUCAGUAAUUUGUCCUCUUCAUCCUCAUUUUGUGCACGUAAGGUGUUUGUGGAAAUGCCCUAGAGAGAACAUUGUUGCAUCUCUAGCUAUAUCAGUCCAUUUGCUUAUCUGUGGAAGCAUCCCACAUUUUUGGAGCAGCCAUUGCCUGAACCCGAUCUACGCAGCCGCUCGCGGAUGGUUCAGUUUAGUGCAAUGCAUAUCACUAAACAAAGGCAUGUUCUUGUGUAGACUCUGUCCGCCGAGCAACAUACAUUCGACGCUCAUCAAAAUGCGACUAUUUGCAUUUGGAUGGCAAUGAAAGAAAAAUAAUUGUCGGGACCUCCUCGAAUUUGAACUCGGCAGCAUAUGAAUUUGAGUUCAGUUUUGGUCCAUGUGGUAUGCGAGGUACAUUGAUGAACUUUUCCUAAAUAAGGAAGCUUCUUCGACCGCACAGCUGGUCUGAAGACUCUCCACCUUGAGUUAUCAGCAGUUUUCUCAGCAAAUCCGACGUCAGCAAGCGAAGGUCAAUUGAAGUUUCUGCAUGCUUCUUCCCAUGCAUUCCUGAUCACCUACGACUAAAGCAAAAAACUCUACCUGCUGUUACUAUUUGUAGCAUGGAACCGGAGUCAUCUCAUGUUCCACUAAUACCUGGUCUUCCCGAUGAUAUUGCUCUUCUUUGCUUAGCUAGGGUUCCUCGGAGAUACCAUCAUGCCCUGAGAUGUGUUUCGAGAAGAUGGAGAGGGUUAUUAUGUAGUGAAGAGUGGCGCUUAUGCCGCCAAAAGAACAAUUGGGAGGAGACUUGGGUUUAUGCCGUGUGCAGGGACAAGAACAAAGGUGUACAAAUUUAUGUGCUGGAUCCAGAUCGUGCAAGCCGGUGUUGGAGAGUCAUACAAGUUAUUGAAACUCCAUGGAUGAAGCGGGAAGGCGUGUCCUUUGAAACUUUGGGUAAGAAGUUAUAUCUCUUCGGAGGUUGCGGCGGAGGGAAAAAUGCCGUUGAUGACGUAUAUUGUUACGAUGCUUCUGCUAAUCGAUGGGAGACAGUGGCACGAAUGCCAACAGCCAGGUGCUAUUCUGUCUCGACAUCUGUAAACGACAAGCUUUACGUCAUGGGCGGGCUUGGGUCAGAUGGCGCUGCACCGAAUUCUUUGGACGUCUUUGACUCCGAUUCGAAUACUUGGAGCUCGCACGAGAGCUCGAUGCUCACCCGCAAUGUUAUAAAGAUCAUUCCGGUUGAUGAGAAGUUAUAUACUGUGCACAACGAGACGGAGGAUGGCUAUCCCUUUGCCGGAGUUUACGAUCCCUUGUCCAGAAGCUGGCAUGCUGAAGAGAAUGGUAUUGCAGUGUGCUUCUACGGGCCAACGGUCGUUAUCGAUCGGACCGUUUACAUCAUGUUAGAUCAGUAUCUGGGGCCGAGGCUGAUGAUGUGGCAGGAAGAGACCAGCUGGGACCCACUGGGGAGGUUGUCGUACCUACUGGCGAGGCCGCCAUGUCAGCUCGUGACUAUCGGGAGGAGCAUAUUUGCGAUAGGGAGGGGGCUAAGCACGGUGAUCGCCGACGUGGACACAGCCGCUAAGGUUCCGGGGUUUUUAGUGUGCUCUUCGUUCCGACCGAUAUUCGAAGAUGAUUUUAAUGUCAUUAGCUGCAAAACUAUCACCAUUUGAAAUGACCUCUGUAAGAUAUCUAUUUUGCUUUCAUUUGGAUAUUUAAAUUUAAAUAAUAUUCAUAUGAAUCAUGUUCUUUUCCAAAUCUCUUCCUCAAAGCUUUGGCAAAGUGAUCUAUAUAAUGUGUUGCUUACAAUACUUCAUUGUGCCUAACCACCAGGUAGUGAUGUGAACUUUUGUGUUGUGAGGGAGUAGUUUUGUUCAAGUGAAGUUUUAGAUAUAAGAAAUGUAGGGCUUAUUUGGUUUUGCUUUAA